AUGGCGGACUACGCUGACGAUCGCGGAUCCCACGUCCGGCACGAUCGACCUUCAAGACCCUACCCUGAUGACAAUCCCAUGGCCGUGGAUGGAUAUGGGAAAUAUGAACAUGACUCUCGCCAGCCGCGACACUCACGCCCUGAUGGUCAUGGCUCACCAACCGUUGCUGGAGAUCUUCCACCGCCGCCCAUAGGCGAUGGCGCUAUACGACCCGCCAUGAAAAGAGAAGGCAGCCGCAGCAGAGUACCGCCGGACAUGCGACCGGAAUUCCCCGAAGAAGCUUCGUAUCUUGGACGCAAUGCCCGCGACCUCGAAGCCAAGAAUCACCCGCACAAUCGCAGAUUCAGAGACAAGCGAGACGGAUAUGAGAGUGAAGAGGGCGAGACACACAGAAAGAUGAGGGAUCCACGCAGAAGACCGGAGUCAGACAUCGAUUAUGACAGGAGGCCUAACAACAACUCUUCUCGCCGAUCAAGAGAUUCAGAAUCGUAUGGUCAAGGUCCCUACGACGACGAACCUCCACGAUCGCGACGCCCACCCCGGGAUCACAGAGAUCCCCGCGACUAUGAUGAUCCGCGCGACCAAAGGUCUCCCCGCGAACAACGACCUCCACGCGAGCUUAGAUCUCCACGCGAGGAAAGAGACUCUCGAGACCCACGGGACUAUCGCGAUCCACGAGAUUCUCGAGGUGGUAGAGACCGUCACGAGCGCGACGAUUAUGAGGAACCGCCGCGUCGCCGCCGCGGAGACGACUAUGACGACGAAAGACCACGAAGGCAAAGACCGCCGGUAGAAUAUGGAUCCGAUCCUGUUCCUGUGCGCCGACGACACAGCGAACGAAGAACUGAGCCCAGCCGACGAAGACGCGACGAUGACUAUUCGGAUGAGGAGAGCGACUAUGAUGAUCGUCGAUCUCAUCGACAACGACGUUCGUCUGCGCCGCCUCGCCGAAAGGACCGAUACGAUGAUGAUGACAGCGAGUAUGAUGGCCGUCGGAGCGAAAGAAGCCGCCGAGACGGAGAUCGUGACAAGCAUGAUAAGCCGCCAAAGGAGAUCAAGAUUGGCAACUAUGACGUCGGACCGCUGGUCGAAAAGGGCCAGAAACAUUACGCUGUGCUCGCACCCGUUCUGACACCGAUUGUGCUGAACAUGGCCAGGAAAUACCUUGGGGGCGCUGGAGGCAAGAAGAACGAUUCUCAAAUGAAGCUCUGGGCAGAAGGAAAUGACUUGGGUUUCGCGUUGUUAGCAGAGCGCAUGCGACAUCAGUUAGAAGAAUUAGUCCAUGGCGAUGUGCAGGUUGACUUGUUGGAACACGGUCCUUGGCAUGCAGACUACACGAGUCUGCUUGCCGGUAGCUAUAUUCUUUACGUCGACGAUUCGAAUACUAACCGUGGUUCCAUACAUGCGCUGAUCAAAGCCGCGUGGUGA